AUGGAGGCCGCUGGUGGGCUUGCGCUCUGCGGCGGCCAUGUACUAUUAAUUAGAAAGCACGGAUUGUGGGAUAUCCCGAAGGGCAAGGUCAAGAAGAAGGAACCUCACGAGCGCAGCGCACUCAGGGAGAUCUCCGAAGAGACCGGCCUGGGUAGAAAGAAGUUGAGAAUCAGGAGCCUUCUCUGUCGUACCAGCUACAUCUCUUACUACUCGGGUAAGCCAUUCAACAAGACCGUAAGCUGGUUCCUGCUCGACUACACUGGCGAGAUUGCCGACCCGCUUAGCCCAGACCUCUCGGAGGACAUAGACCUGUGCGAGUGGGUAGCAAUCGACGAACUGCUCGAUAAAAUAGAUGCUGGUCGUCGGUACCUGCGGUCCCUGAGACACACGGUCUCCGAGUCCCUUCAUCUCCUGCGCCAGGCGCCUUUGGAGCAUAGAGUAGAGUACGCCGCCUCAUGA